CUGUCAGUUGACAUUUUGUGCAAUACACUUCAGUUCGUAAACAGCAGCCGUAGUGUUUAAUACGUUAGAUUUUAUUUCGAUACGCCGAACGGGGUGUUACGCGAGUGCUGUUCUUUAUUAUUAUUUUCAUUUCCACUAUUAAAUUGCGUGUAGAAAAUCUAUAUUGUUAGUGUUUUUUAUUACUAAAAAUGUAUUAUAAUUAAUAUAAAAAUCAACGAAAAUUUAAAUAAAAAAAUAUUUUAGUUAACGAAACAAGCAAAGAAAAUUAUACAAAAAAAAUGAAACGAAGUGGUGCGUGUUAACGUAAAAAUUAUGUGUAUGAAAACCAACUACAACAACGAGAAAUAAGAAAAAAAUAAGAGUCAUUGAGAAAAAUAUAUAUAAAUAAGAAUUUAAAGAGUAGAUAAAGUGGAAUUAAUUCAAUAUUUAUGUUUUAUAAAAUUUGGAUAUAAAAUUAUAGAAAGUGAGAGAGCAAGUGCGUUUAAAAAUUUUAUUGAAUAUAAAAAAUAAUAGACAAAAUCUAUUAAUAAAAUAUUAAAUUAAUAAAUAUUGUUGUUGUUUUUUAUUAUUAUUAUUAUACUUUAUCUUAUGUUUUUUGACCAAAACAAACACGAUAAUAACAGUAACAACAACUCAAAUACAAAGUACAAGUAUUUGCGAAAACAACAAAAAAUCAACACUGAAUGAGAUAAAUAUAAACAAAACAAAAAGUAAAGAAAAAUAAAAAAAAAAUAAAAAUUUAUUCAUAUUGUAACACACCACACCCUUUAAUAAAUUUCUUAAAGCAAACGAAAAGAAAAUAAAACGUAAAGCAAAAGAAGCUUAAAAACCAGAUUUGUUUGGGGAGAAUUGAAAGUUUUGAAAUGUGUCCUUGACUGUUUGUGCAAAUAAAACAAUAACAACGAGAUAUGAAAACAUAGAAAUAAUAAAGGAAACAAAACAACUGUCAGCCAGCCAGCAACCAUAAUCAAAAUAACAACAACAAUAAUAAUAAUAAACAUAACAACAAAACAAAUAAAUGUCAUCAAAAGUCUUUGUUGUUAUUUCUACGGCUCGUUCGUAAAUACUUCAUUCACUACUGCAUUUUGGUGAUAUUGUAUUGUUUUUGUAUUUACAAUUGAAUCUGACAGGAAGUGAUGUCAUUUUAAAAAACCCAUCUUCGAAGCUCUCUUCUUUCACAAUCUCACCAUUGCAACACAACUUUGACAACUUGUCAAAUGUUUGCAAAUACUUUAAUUUACAAUUAAACAAAAGAAUUUAAAAAAAAAAACAUAAAAUCACGUUAUUCAACUACAGCUGUUAAAGUUUUUGAAAAAAAUCACUUAAAAUUGUAAAAUUAAACCUAGAAAAAGAGUGUUUUACUUAUUUAACAUUUUGAUAUUUUUGCAAAAAUGCCUUUAAUAAGGCAUCCUCGAAAAGUUGUGCCUCCUUGUAGAAGAGCAACAUCGUCAUCAUCAUCAUUUUAUGGUUGUUUAAUCUAUUUAAUCGUACUUACCAUAUGUCUGCCCAUCUUUAUCGAUAACAAUCCUGGUGUUCGAGCUGCAGUUGUUGUUGGCUCACCAGCAGCAAUAAAAAUCUCAACGAGUAAUGUCAAAACGGAUACAGCACAGUCAAAAGCUUAUUCAUCAUCAGCGUCAUCACCAUCAUCAUUAUCAUCGUCAUCAUCUACUACUAAGUUUGUAACGGGUGCUACUUCAAAUAAUUUUCCUGCUCUCGAUGAUUUUUCAUCACAUUCUGUGAUACGUCCAAAAAUUCAUCAUGCCAGACAUAAAAGAGAAAUACGUCAUACAUUAGAUGCGGACGGUCUUCAUGCCUCUCAUAUCACUUUAACGUAUCAUCACAAAGGUCAACAGAUUUUAAUUGAUCUUAAACGUAACGAUGACUUACUGCCUUCAGAGCAUUUUUUACGUUAUCAAAAUUCGAAUACAACACAAGGACAUGUUGUGCAAAAUUUUACCAAGACUGAAAUUGAAUUGUGUCAUUAUCAGGGUUCUAUACGUGACCAACCUCAAUCGUAUGUGGCCGUUUCGACAUGUAAUGGCGGCAUUAAUGGCAUCAUUUUCGAUGGCAUUGACACAUUUUUCAUACACUCUGGCAGUGAUGGACAAUUGUAUGAUGAACAUUUUUUAUAUAGACAUGGAGAUUUUACUAAAAAUAACACUUGUGGUUACGAUCAUGAGCAUCAUGAAGAAAAACAAGAUUUCCUAAAGCACUUGGAAGACAAUAAGGUGCCUGAUAUAGCGAAUCAUAUAGAUGGUUUAGAAUUUAAUCGCAUUUUAAGGCAUAAACGUUCUUAUGAUGACAGCAAUAUGAUACGUGGUCCCUAUAAUUCCAAUAAGCAUUCAUCCUAUGUGGAAAUAGUUAUAGUGGUGGACAAUAAGGCCUUCAAAUCUUUUAAUGAAAAUUUCAAAAAAGUCCAUCAACAUUGCAAAGAUUUGGCCAAUAUUAUGAAUGCUCUUUAUGUUCCUUUAAAUAUUUUCAUUGCCUUGGUGGGUGUUGUUAUUUGGAAUGAAUCGAAUGAGAUUGAAAUAACACCUGAUGCUGAUGUAACCUUAAGAAAUUUUUUAAAUUAUAGAAGAACAAAAUUGGUAUUGCAGCAUCCAAAUGAUUCGGCUCAGCUGUUGACAAAGAUUAAAUUCGACAAGGGUGUUGUGGGCAAAGCUUUCAAAGGACCCAUUUGCACCCACGAAUAUUCUGGCAGUGUUAGUGUGGAACAUAGCCCUGUGGUGGGUGUUGUGGCCACCACCAUGGCCCAUGAAUUAGGCCAUAAUUUUGGCAUGGAACACGACUCCACCGAUUGCAAGUGUCAGGAUGAGAAAUGUAUUAUGUCUGCCAGUAGUACAUCAGUAUUACCCACCCAUUGGAGUUCCUGUAGCAUAGAUCAAUUAAAUAUUGCAUUUUCACGCGGCAUGAACUACUGUCUGCGCAAUAAACCCACUAAACUAUUCGAUUCACCUCAAUGCGGCAAUGGUUUUGUAGAGCCAGGCGAACAGUGUGACUGUGGCCUACCCAACUAUUGCGAAAAUACCUGCUGUGAUCCUUAUACUUGUAUGUUACAUACAAAUGCCUCCUGUGCCACCGGGGAAUGUUGUGAUUUAAAUACCUGUCGGCCGAAAAUGGCGGGCACUGAAUGUCGUAAUGCCGAAAAUGAAUGUGAUUUGCCAGAAUAUUGUACGGGUGAAUCGGAGUAUUGUCCCAGAGAUGUUUUCAAGCGUGACACCGAAGAGUGCGAUAAUGGCCAGGCUUAUUGUUAUCAGGGCAAUUGUAGAUCACAUUCAUAUCAAUGUCGCAUUUUGUGGGGACCCACUGGAGAGAACUCUGAACCCUGCUAUGCCGAAAUGAAUGUCCAGGGCAAGAGGGUGGGCAAUUGUGGUUACAAUCGUUUGAAUAGUACUUAUAUAGCCUGCGAAGAAGAGAAUGCCUUGUGUGGCAUGUUGCAUUGUAGACAUUUGAAUGAGAAACUGGAAUUUGGCAUGGAAACCGCAGCCGUUUUGUCACACUCCUUUAUAACGCAUGACAACAAUAUAGUGCCCUGUAGAUCGGCUUUAGUCGAUUUGGGCUUACAGUUUAUGGAUCCUGGUUUAACGCCAAAUGGUGCCAAAUGUGGUGAUAACAAAAUGUGUGUCGAUCAAAGAUGUCUGGCCAUAGAACAUUUGCGUUACACGGGCAUGGGCAAAGAGUGUCCUGAGAAUUGCAAUAGCAAUGGCAUAUGCAAUAGUAAGGGUAAUUGUCAUUGUAAUAUAGGAUUUACGGGACCAACUUGUAAAUUGCCAGGACCCGGAGGUUCUGUAGACAGUGGUCCAGCCACCAACCCCAAUAGCCACGAAGCUUUCCAAAGAUUUUUGUACAUCUUCUUCUUUGCCGUUUUACCCGUCAUGGCUGCCUUUUGUUUCAUCAUGUACUAUUGUCGUCAUCAUCCGCUCUUCGUUGGUGGCAAAUUGGCUGAAAAUAUUAUUAAAUCAGCCAGCGGAGUUAAACAACCGCCCAGAGGUCCUCAUGGCAAUAGCGGCAAUCAAAUGCCAGCCAAUGGUUUACCCAAAUCAACGCCCAGCAGUACGGAUGAUAUGAACUCGGCAUUGCUGAAAUCGCCCAGUGAUUCGAACGAUAAUGUGGGCAAUGGUGGUUUGUAUGGGAAAUUUAAAGGUUUCACUUUGAGGCCACUUAACGAUGCCACCUCACCGACCAAUAAUUUUACCGGACCAAAUGUAGCCUAUGUACAGCCUACCUUACAAGAUAAUUCUCUGCAAGUACCUCAAAGAUCAGCGCCACCACCACCCAUUAAACCCAGUGAAGUAAAAUUGAAUGGCACCCUAACUAAGAAAACUUCUGUCACCUCUAAUGCAGUACAAGGUCCCGCCUUACCACCACCAAAUCCUGGCUCUACAGCCAGGCCCAUUAUAUCCAUGCCAGUAUUAGAGACUUCAACACUCUCAAUGUCGCCCACUAGACCAGCUCCCACGGUGCCAGAAGUAGAGUUCUUAAAGCCAGCACCACCACCACCAGUACCUUUACACAAUGAUCCCAAAUUGAAUGUGAAAAGAGAUGGCACCCUGCGCAGGAUAACUUCGUUUUUGAAAAAGGACGAAAAAGUUCCCCCCAAAGAAAAAACCUACAUAGAUCGUGAGAAAUUGAAAAAUUUAGAAAUAUCGGCUCCCAUACCGCAAAACAAUUCACCGCCUGGUGAGUCCUCUAACUCUGAUUCGGAAACUUUAACACCCAAAGAGGAAGAAACCAAAAAUCUAGUAAAACGUGCCCAAUCUAUGCGUUCACCCACUAAGAAGGCCAAUAUACCAACCUUUGGUUCUAUGCGUCAGACCGCCCAGGCACAAACUAGACCUAAAAGUGCCGUUUCAUCUCAAACCCUAAACUCGGCCAGACCCAAAAGUCCACCCCCGAGACCACCACCACUAAAGAAAACCAAUUCUACUACAUCAUCGGGUUAUCAAUUGCCAAUAGCGGUGAAACGGGGCCCCGAACACACCUACGAUGACUGUGAGUUUAUCGAACAGCCCCUGGCCAGUGUUAAGGAACAAGAUUCUCCCUUGCACCGAGCCAGCACCACCGAAAAUGAUAAUAUUUACUCAGUAAUCGAUGAAAUACCACCAGCUGCCCAGACCAUUAAACGCAGCGAUUUGGUGGGCAGCCAACGUAACAGUGUAGCCAGUAGUUCUGAUAUGGGGCUAUUGGGUGAGAUAGUCAAUGAAAUUGAGAAACGUAAUGGUGGCGAUUCGAUUUACUCGGCCACAGCCACAAAUCUAGUUAAACAAAAAUCCAAAGAUGAAACACAAAAACCCAAACAGGAGGAAGCGAAAAAAGAAACAACCACAACAAAAGAGUCUCAAUUAAACACAAACACUAAGUCUAGUUUAAGUACAACACAAGCCCAAACAUCCUAUUUAAGGCCAGCUCCGGUAAAUGCGCCCAUAGCCCGAGUGGCCCCCACUAGAUCGGAUAUAUCACCCACCAAUGCAUUUUCAAGUUUUAAACCACCGCCUCAUUCAGCAGCUAAAGCUGCCGUCACAGCAACGUCGUCAUCGGCUUCUAGCUCAGCGAUACACAGUAAAUUCAAUGGAAAUCCAGUGGGAGCAUCGAAGGCUAAGACAUUUGGUCAAAAAUCUCUAACACAACAAAAAUCACUGCCAGCAAAUGGUGUGGCCAACAAACCAAGUGCUACCAUACAAAAGCCCAAGCCAUUGUCUGCUAAACCCUCAUUAAAUAACAACACAAAGAAGCCCACAAAGGCACCCACUGCACCAACGACCGCAGCAGCUACUAGAUCCACGGUUUCGGGGAAACCAUCGACUACAGUGGCGUCAUUAACGCAAAAAUUUGAACCUUCUAAAACGAGCAGCAGUAGCGGCAGCACAAUAACAUCGACGACGUCCUUAAGAAAAUAGUUUUAAGUUUUUUUUUUUUUAAUUUUAAGUUGUGAAGUUGUUUAGUUAUUAAUUUUUGUAUUGUCCUAAAACUAUAAACGCACUGAUUUCGAUUUAGAAAAUAUACAUAUAUAUAUAAUUAAAACAAAAGAGAUGGACGUUUAAUAAGGCAUUGUUAAAGGAUUUAUAGGUAUUAAAGUAUUUAGAAUACAUUUGUAAUUCGAAACGAAAGUGAAAGUUUAAAAUUUUAAUCCUACAAAUCUU